CCCAUGUGACUUCCUCGCUGGAUGGUCGACGUUGGGUCGGCCAUGGCUCCCUUCCUGGUGGAGCUUGUGGCAAAGAUGUCCAUCACACGACCGGAAGUCCUGCGGGUGACGCCGGCAUACAAAGCUUUUGAGAAGUGUGCGCAAGUUUUUCGUGCGGGUUCCAGUUCCAGCCAGUAUCAUAAGAGUCAGCAAAGUGACCGGAUUGGCCGCUUUUGGUCUUAUUCUUGGCAUGGCAGUCGCUGGAUGAAGGUUCUGACCUUGUUGGUGCAGUACAAUGGUUUGGCCUCCAUUCUCUUAGGUACUUUUGCUGCCUUUGUGAUGUUGCUGCUUUUUAGUUUGGGCCAUUUGCCUAUCUACGAGCGUCCUAGCUACAACGGUGAAGAAGGUGCCUCAUUAUGGAGCCUUGCGGUUGGCCUCCUGGUUUCCAUCGUAAGUUUCACCUCGUGGAAAUCGCGACAACAGGUGUUCUUGGAUCGCAUUUGCAUCAACCAUGAGGACGCCGACAUGAAAACAGAAGCGAUUUUCAGCCUUGCCGGAGUGUUGAAAGCAUCAAAGGAGUUGCUGGUUCUUUGGGACACCAGCUGGAGCGACAGGCUUUGGUGUUUGUUCGAAAUGGCAGCAUUUUUAAAAUCCAAGAAUGCGGAGAAUAGCAGAAGAGUGUUGAUCAUCAGGCCCACUACCGUAGGCCCGUGCUCAAUCGCAGCCUUAUUAACUACUUGGUCCAGCAUGUUUGGGUUAUCAAUGUUUCCACUGUCUGGUUUCGGCGCGCUGCUGCUAGCAAUGUCUGGUUUCUGGGCCAUCGUGGCUUUUCGUGGUUAUUUUUCCGCAGUGGAAAUAUUGGAGGAGAAGCUGAACUGCACCAGUUUCGACAGCGUCAGGAGUGCAUGCUGCGAUACACAGCAUGUGGACGAACAUGGCAAUCAGCUGCUGUGUGAUCGGGAGGUGUUGAAUCAGUGUGUGGCCAUCUGGUUCGGUAGCACCCAAGCCUUUGAAGAUUUCCUGCGUACGGAGGUGUCGCAGACCGUCGUCCGAGAUUUGCGAGAAAAUGUCUUCACGACAACUUGGGCCUUGCAAGUCACAUCGUCCCUAUGCUUGCGAGUUUUAUUCAGUUUUACUGCUGUGAUUUAUUUAGUUUGGCGAUUUAAUACGAUUUAUAUAUUUAGUUAA